UUUGAUUUUAGUUAUUUUUGUGUUGCGAACUGUGCACACACUUCAUCCUAUUGCUGGUUAGCGUUUUGUUGUUUUUGCUGCGUACGGAACAGGAACGGUAUACGAAAAGUUAUUAGUUGUAAAGCUUGAAAUCCGCAGAGAGACAAAGAUAGAGAGAGAGAGAGAGAGAGAUAGAGACGCAUUACUGCUAAUUGAAAGAUGUCGGCUAAGCGCAAGGCAGGUGGUAACGGGGCCGGUCCCAACAAGCGUCACCCAAAGAAGAAGGAAUCGGACUACGAGGAUGAGUUUAGUGAUGAGUCCGACGAUGAUUUGGCCCAACAGCAGGCGGCCGGCCAAAUGGAGGUGCUAAUACCACAUGAUAAUCUGGAUCCACCCAGUAAGCUGCCAGAGGAUCUACUGGCCACGCUGGAAAGGACGCCGGGACAGCUGCUGCUGGCUGGUAUGGUUACCUGGGAUCUAACCGGCAAACGGGAUCGAAAAAAUGUCACAAAAGUGCGUCCCAAUCUGUAUAGCUUUCAUCGCUUCACGGAUGAGAAGUACCGCUCCGUGGCCAGCGGUCCCACUGCGGCGCACACAAUACUCAUCAAUAUGGAUCGCAAGGCACUUGGCUUUGGCCGCAAUCCCAGCGGUCAGUUGGGCUUGAGUCAGGACAUCAAGCUGGUGGAGAAGCCCACAAUCAUUCCUGCACUGGAACAGCUGAACAUUGUACAAGCCGCCGCUGGGCGUCAUCAUACGCUUUUCCUUACCGACACGGGCACAGUUUACGCCUGCGGCGAGAACAAGUCCGGUCAGUGCGGCGUGGGCAAUGCACAUCCCAAUAUCUUUACGCCCACUCCGAUUAAUUAUCGUGGACCGCCUAUAAUACGCAUUGGAUGCGGAGCCGAAUUCUCAGUUAUUCUCGAUAUCAAGGGCAAUUUGCACACAUUUGGUUUGCCGGAAUAUGGCCAAUUGGGUCACAAUACGGAUGCCAAGUAUUUUGUGAAUGCCAAUAAGCUGUCAUUCCAUUUUGAGACAUCACCGAAAAGGGUUGUACUCUACAUUGAGAAGAGCAAGGAGGGACACGUGACACCCGUGGAUGGUGUACAGAUUGUGGACUUUGCAUGUGGCAACAAUCACACGGUGGCCAUCGACUCCAAAAAGCGCGUUUACAGCUGGGGCUUUGGCGGUUUUGGGCGCCUGGGACACGCCGAGCCCAAGGAUGAGAUGGUGCCGCGUCUUAUGAAGUUUUUUGAUGCCCAGGGUCGUGGCGGACGCAGUGUCUACUGCGGUUCAACAUUCAGUUUGAUUAUCAACGAGCUGGGCCUGCUCUAUCUCUUUGGGCAGAACAAGAAAACGGGCGAGGCCAACAUGUAUCCCAAGCCAGUGCAAGAUUUAGCAGGCUGGAACAUAACAGCAAUUGGCUGUGCCAAUACCUCAAUCAUGAUAUCGGCUGAUGAUACACUGAUUGCCUGGGGCGCAUCGCCAACCUUUGGUGAGCUGGGCAUUGGCGAGUUUCAAAAGUCGUCGACGGUGCCCAAGGAGGUGCCCAAAAUGGACAACAUUAAAAUACCUCAGGUUACCAUGGGCUAUUCCCAUACAGCAUUGCUUGUGGACACCACACACGAGGCUACCAAGCAGAAGUAUGAAAAGAUGCCCGAAUAUACUAUUGAAGAUUAGAGAAAUGGGUGCUCUUCAUUCCCCCAAAAGCAAGAAAACAAAAAGAAAUGAUUUAUAUAUUUAAAAAAUGAAAAACAAAAAAAAAACACACAUUAAGUAUACCGCUGCCAACAACAAUACUGCUCUAUAUACAUAGAUACUAUAAAAAACUUGAACUGAUCAACGAAACUCUGCUGCUACUUACUGAAAGAAAAAACACAAAACACAAAAAAAAAAAAACAACAACAAAAACAAAAGCAAUUAACUCAUCAACAUUUUAUGCUAUAAGUUUAAAGUACUUUACUACUCCGAACUUAACCAUCAUCCAAAAAUCAAAUAUCUCAAAUAUCGUUUGUGUAUUUAUCAGCUGUACGAUUACGAUUCAUAAUUUGGUAAUUAGUUUUCGUAAUUUAUUCUCUAUUUAUGAUCUAAUUUGUAUAAUUCACUGUCUUUAAUUUAUUGCCGCCCAUAAUUAGGCUUAAAAUUUGUCCAAAACCUCUAUUCCAAUCAAACAAAAAUACAUUUUAAUAUUUAUAUAUAUAUAUAUUUUAUAAAAUAUGCUGCUUAGUUAUAUAAGACACCUUCAUUUACAGUAUUGCAUUGUCCAUUUGCGACAGCAUCAUGAACAACAACAACAACAAUAACAAGAACAAAACAAAUAAACACAACUACAAUGUAUAAUUAAGCGCAUAAGUUACAUAAAUAAAUAUAUAUACAAAAACAAAAUCGAAGUAUACAACGGAAGGAAAUCCAAUACAAGUUGCAACUAUUUAAGUACAUCAUGCAUUAAUAUAUACAAAAAUAUUUAAAU